AGGGUGGAAGUGAAGAGGAAGAUCUGCCGGAAGUAGACGGCAGAGGUGGUGGCGGAGCGGCCGGCAGCUGCCUGGGAAACGGGGGCCCGGGACGCGUGGCUCGCAGACAGGCAGGCCAGGCAGUCGUUUCUGUGCCCGGCACCCGGGAGGCCCGAGAGCCCCCUUUGCAUGGGCCGAGGGCCCCUGGUCCGGCAGCUUUCUCUGCCUUCCUAAGCCCGCCAGUGGGCGCAGCGCCGAGGGGCUGCAGAGUGGGGGGCGGGCGCGGCUGACCCGAGGAGGGGCGCGGGGCAGUGGAGAGAGUCCUGCCCCGCUCAGGAAGUGCCCCUGGGCGGGGGACGGGGAGUCCUCACCUCCGGACCGAGGCAAAGGUUUCUGGGGGUGAAGAGGGCGCAUCGCCCUCUGCCCCCGCCGGCACCCUGGCCAUGACGGGCAAGUCAGUGAAGGACGUGGAUCGGUACCAGGCGGUCCUGGCCAACCUGCUGCUGGAGGAGGAUAACAAGUUUUGUGCGGACUGCCAGUCUAAAGUUGUACUUCUGUUUGAGCACAAGUGGCCAGUUUAAGUAGAUACUAACUUUGAAGAAGUUCUGUAUUGGCCUCUGGAAUGUGACAGUUCAGCAUACCACAUUGAAAAGGGCCACGAUGGGCCUCCUGGAACAUUGGUGUGUUCAUCUGCAUUCGAUGUGCUGGAAUCCACAGGAAUUUGGGGGUGCACAUAUCCAGGGUAAAAUCAGUUAACCUUGACCAGUGGACUCAAGAACAGAUUCAGUGUAUGCAAGAGAUGGGGAACGGAAAGGCAAACCGACUUUAUGAAGCCUACCUUCCUGAGACCUUCCGGCGACCUCAGAUAGACCCAGCUGUCGAGGGAUUUAUUCGAGAUAAAUAUGAGAAGAAGAAAUACAUGGACCGAAGUCUAGACAUCAGUGCCCUGAAGAAAGAAAAAGAUGACAAGUGGAAAAGAGGGAAUGAGCCAGCUUCAGAGAAAAAAAUGGAACCUAUUGUUUUUGAGAAAGUGAAAAUGCCACAGAAAAAAGAAGAUCCACAGCUACCUCGGAAAAGCUCCCCGAAAUCCACAGCACCUGUCAUGGAUUUGUUAGGCCUUGAUGCUCCUGUGGCCUGCUCCAUUACCAGCAGUAAGACCAGCAAUGCCCUAGAGAAGGACUUAGAUCUUUUGGCCUCUGUUCCAUCCCCCUCUUCUUCCGCUUCCAGAAAGGUGGUAGGUUCCAUGCCAACUGCAGGGAGUGCCGGCUCUGUUCCUGAAAACCUGAACCUGUUUCCAGAGCCAGGGAGCAAAUCAGAAGAAACAGGCAAGAAACAGCUCUCUAAAGACUCCAUCCUCUCACUGUACGGAUCCCAGACGCCUCAGAUGCCUGCCCAAGCAAUGUUCAUGGCUCCUGCUCAGAUGGCAUAUCCCACAGCCUACCCCAGCUUCCCUGGGGUUGCACCUCCUAAUAGCAUAAUGGGGAGCAUGAUGCCCCCACCAGUAGGCAUGGUAGCUCAGCCAGGGGCUUCUGGGAUGGUUGCCCCCAUGGCCAUGCCUGCAGGCUAUAUGGGUGGUAUGCAGGCAUCAGUGAUGGGUGUGCCAAAUGGAAUGAUGACCACCCAGCAGGCUGGCUACAUGGCGGGCAUGGCAGCUAUGCCCCAGACUAUGUAUGGGGUUCAGCCAGCUCAGCAGCUGCAGUGGAACCUUACCCAGAUGACCCAGCAGAUGGCUGGGAUGAACUUAUGUGGAGCCAAUGGCAUGCUGAGCUAUGGACCGUCGAUGAGCGGCGGAAAUGGACAGGCAGCAAGUCAGACUCUCAGCUCUCAGAUGUGGAAAUGAAUACAAAUCACCUAUAUGGCUGCCGCUCUCCCCGCCCCCUCUCUCCCCCCUUUUCCUCUUUCUCCAACUCUUUCACCCCUUCCCCUUUUCCUACCUCUCUCUGUUUGGUUUAGAAAUUGCUCAAUCUGUCAUUUGGGGUUUGGCAUUCUGCCCAGCCCAGCCACUUCCGAGACACGCAGACCUCUCUGUUGUUUUAUAUGUACAUGUCCCCUAGCCAUUCCGACUUCCUCCCAGUCACCCCAGUCCUCUCCUGCACCAGCACCUUAGGAAUUCUUGGCAGAAGGCACUUACUGUGGAAGGUUAAACCUCCAAUCAGAUUCUCAGAAGGGUCUGUAGGUGUGUUUUAGGCAAAGAGGGAGGGUUUGGAGAUACUUCCAUGAGUGUUAAUAAACUAUUUCUACAUAUUUAAAUUAUUAGUUGAAGAGGGAGGGAUUAUGCUCCCAUGAUUCAUGGGAAUGAAGAAAGUACUGAAAUAAAAUCAAAUACUUACUGGGUCUUAGAUCAGGUUGGCCCCUAACCUUGGGGAGAUACAAACCCCAUCUAUGAGGAUGAGCAAAAACAUUACUCUCCGGUCCCCUGCAUUGCUUUCUGGAUCUGAAGCUCCAGGACUUGCUGCUUCAGUCAGCCUUUAUUAACACCAAAGACUUAUGGAGGUCCCUCACAAAACACACAGCCCUUCCCCUGCCUCCAUCCUGCCUGCAGUAGGAUCUGGCUCCGCGGUUGCAGGACCAGCCCUUCCAGAGGGAAUGCAGAGCUUAACGCGUGUAUUGUGCGUGUGCGUGCGUGCGUGUGUGCGCGUGCGUGUGUGUGUGCAUGCGUGUGUAUGUGUGUGUGUUCCACCUCCCACUCUCUCCCCAUCUGCUCUGAGUAUUUUUGUUUUUGGUUUUUCAGGUUUAGGUUUACAACAGAGAGGAAUUAAUUUAUCAACAGCCUAAAACUGUUGCCAGUUUUUCUUAUAGUUAAAAAAAAAGAAUUGCAGUCUCAUUGAUGGCUCCUCCCUCCUUUCCCCUCCCAACCUGCUAAUCACUCGUUCAUGCCUGUGUAUCCGGGCUGCUCUGUUUCCCCACCUGUGCCAGGGAUGAGGCAGAGAGCCCAGGCAGCUUUCCUCUCAGUCAUUGUUCACCCUACUUGAAAAUUAAAACAAGAAAACUUUGCUUAAAAGAUUUCAGCUGUGGGAACCACAAUCCCUGGUUGCCUUUCUCCUGUGUAUGUGUAAAUUCCUUAAUAAAUAUUGCAGGGAAGCACCGUU